CUCCACUGAGCUCCGGGAAGUCCACAGUGGUGUCGGGAUGUAUUUAAGCACCAUCUCGGUUUAACUUUGCGCGGUACAUGCUUAACCCGAUAGUAAUCCAACAUUUUGAGGGGUUAUUUUAUUUGGUCUGAGCAUCGCCGCCGGAGCGCAGCGGGAGCAGGACAGCCUCACAGCCUCAGGAUGAAUGUACCUGCUGUCAUGUUGCUCAUCCACUUGACCCACAGUCAUUUGAAAGCUCUGGAGACCAGCGGGGUGGAAGGAGGGGUUAGAUGCCCUCUUGGCCAAUUCCCAUGUGGAAACAUGAGUGAGUGCCUCCCUCAAGUUUUGCAGUGUAAUGGACACAAAGACUGUCCCAAUGGAGCUGAUGAGAGACAGUGUGGGGACAACAUCGGAUGGGCAGAUUUAUUUGCCCGCACACUACAGAAGACUAACCCUGUGGACCAGUACUUCCUCAAUGAGUGUUUAUUGCAGGAGUUUCCAGAGAGCUGUGACUGCAUACAGACGGAUGUUGAGUGCGUGGAGGUCAGCCUGCAGGAUGUUCCGUCGCUCUCGCCAAAUGUUACCUGGCUGUCCCUGAGGAGCAAUGAGAUCCGCGUGUUGUCCGAUUUUGUUUUCUCACAAUACUCUGCCCUGGAGAGACUGUUUCUGCAGAACAACAGCCUCCACUUCAUAUCUAAGCAUGCAUUCAGCGGUCUGCACAGUCUAAAGAGGUUGUUUCUCAGUGAGAACUUAAUCUCCUUCCUCAGUCCUGGUGUGUUCAGGGAUCUAAAUCAAUUGGAGUGGCUGAUGUUGGACCAUAACCCGCUAAGCAGCUUGUCCCAGGACACCUUCACUGGGCUCCAGUCUCUCAUGUAUUUGUCCAUGGUGAACACUUCACUGCAGCAGCUUCCUCAUCCAAGCUUCUGUCAACACAUGCCUGCCUUGGACUGGCUGGAUCUUGAGGGAAACCAGAUUCAAACUCUUAACUACUCUAUCUUAAAGACAUGCAGCAAGCUUGAAGUUUUGUUACUGAUGGACAACAGGAUUAGGACAAUUCCCGAAAACACCUUCCAGUCUCUGUGGAAGGUGGCUGAACUGGAUCUGUCUAGGAACAGGAUUAGGGAGCUGCCAAAAAACACCUUCAAGAGUCUCUCCAAAUCCCUCCUUAAACUAAAUAUCUCCCAUAAUCCUCUCCUCCGCAUUCAUCCAAGCCAUUUCCACCACCUGACACAUCUUCAGUCUCUAGCGCUGGAGGGAAUUGAGAUCUCAGAUAUUCAGACUAAGGUGUUUCUUCCCAUGAAGAACCUCUCCCACAUCUAUUUCAAGAAGUUUCAGUACUGUUCCUAUGCACCUCAUGUGAGGUCCUGUAAACCCAACACAGAUGGCAUCUCUUCUUUUGAGGACCUCCUGGCUAACAUGGUGCUGCGGGUGUCUGUCUGGGUCAUGGCCUUCAUCACCUGCUUCGGUAACCUGUUUGUCAUCGGCAUGAGGUCGCUGAUUCGUGCUGAGAACAACCUGCAUGCUGCCUGCAUCAAAGUUCUCUGCUGUGCUGACUGCCUCAUGGGCGUGUACCUGUUUUUCGUUGGCGUAUCUGAUGUAAAAUUCCGUGGUCAGUACAACCGUUACGCCCUGCUGUGGAUGGAAAGUGCGGAGUGUCGGACCAUCGGAUUCCUGGCCAUGCUCUCCUCAGAGGUGUCUGUUCUCCUCCUGACCUACCUGACUCUGGAGAAGUUCCUUGUCAUUGUUUUCCCUUUUAGCAAUUUGCGCCCAGGCAAAUUUCAGACAGGGGUGGUCCUGGCUUCGAUCUGGUUGCUGGGGUUUAUUAUUGCAGCCGUGCCCCUAAUGAAUGAGGACGUCUUUGGGAACUACUACGGACGUAAUGGGGUCUGCUUUCCCCUGCACUCUGACAGGCAAGAAAAACCUACUGCCAAAGGAUAUUCCACAGGGAUUUUUCUGGGUCUAAACCUGGUGGCUUUCCUGGUGAUUGUAUUCUCCUACUCCAGUAUGUUCUGCUCCAUCUAUAAAACCGGCAUCAAUGCCACCGACCUGAGGAGCAGGCUGCACAGAGAUGUGGCUGUGGCCAACAGGUUUUUCUUCAUAGUGUUCUCUGAUGCCCUCUGCUGGAUUCCUAUAUUUUUGGUGAAAGUCCUCUCGCUGCUGGAGGUGGAGAUACCAGGCACUAUCUCCAGCUGGGUUGUCAUCUUCAUCCUUCCCAUCAACAGUGCCUUGAACCCCAUCCUGUACACCUUGACCACCAGCUUCUUCCGAGAGCAGGUGGAAGUUUUACUCUGUCACUGGCAGAGGAGACAUACAUUGAAGAAAGACCGCAAAAGCCUUACCUCGUCCACAAUCUUUAUGGAGACGUCACGGGGUCUGUGCUACCAGCCACCCGUUUACCUCAAGAAGGUGUCACUUAUAAGCGCAGAUCCUCGCUAUGCCUGAUGGUGUAUUUGUAGAGAUACCGCAUUUUGUAAGCUACUAGUCCUUUUUUAUUGUUUUACUCCAUCUUUAAGAACAAAGCGUGCUUCAACAGACAUUUGCUUGGAAAUAAUUAGCAGUCACUGUGCUGUCUCAUCAUGCUGUGACAUUUAUAAACUGUGAUGACAACCCCAGAAACACACGCCAACCCCCCUCAACAGAUGACUUUCUCAUCAUCCCAUUCAAGCUACUUGUUGACUUUAUAUGUGCAAUGAAAUUUGAAAUGAAACCAUUUCCAUUUAUUCACUCA